AUGAAAUUCCUUACUUUUACUGCUGCCUCCAUUCUUGGUGCGGCUUUUAAAGCACGUGUAUCUUCGCAGCAACAUACAGCUGAGUGUCGCACAAACGCCGUGCUUGACACAAAGUUCAAACCACUUGCAUUGGGUGAGGUUAUCAACUUAGCCGAAGAUGUCGCCAUCUUCCGCUUCCUUCUGCCUCGUGUCGAUGACACUUUUGAUCUUGUACCAUGCAGUACUCUACAAGCCUGUCUUAAGGAGGGUGCCAACAUUGUGGACCAGCCGAUGCGGUCAUACACGCCCAUAACCCCCAAUGGAACAAUGGGUUACUUUGACCUUCUCGUUAAGAAACAACCCCGUGGUCGCUUCACGGAACAUCUGUUCUCCAUGAAUGUUGGAGACACGCUUCUCUUUCGGGUUGUUCAAUACAAGUUGCAAUACAAGAAGAACCGAUGGGCUGAGGUGGGACUGAUUGGUGGUGGCACUGGAAUAUGUCCGCUCCUACAAUUCAUGAACGCUUCGCUCGACACCCCUGGCGACAAGACCAAACUUUCACUUCUAUUUGCCAACAGGUCCGAGAACAAAAUCCUCCUCAAAGGAAUGCUAGACGGCACGGCAAAAAAACAUGCUGACCGCCUUAGUGUUCAUUACACCGUGGAUAUGUUGGAGAAUCCGCAAAGUGACUAUAAUGGUUAUAUUGGAUACAUCACGCCGCAGAUGAUAAAAGAAACUAUGCCUGAACCAGCGGAUAAUAACCUCGUGUUAGUUUGUGGCCCGGACCCAAUGAUGACGAAGGUGGUUGGCUCUUCGCCCAAUGUGCUCAAGGCAAUGAGCGGUGGUCUUGCGUACCAACCAACGGGAACAGUACUUAACAACGCCCCUGACGUCGGUGGCAUCUUGGGAGAUAUGGGUUAUACAAAAGAUCACGUCUAUCGUUUCUAA